UUCCCAUACUAAGUGUACUAAGUAAAACGACAACUUAUGUCAUCGGAAAUAGUAGGUUACAUAGAUGUCCGCUAUGUUGUAUGAUUUCAAAGAUCAACUUACGUAAAAUGUAUCUCUACCUACAGCAUGGUAAGAAAUUAUCUUCAAUAUCUGGCAUUCAUCUUAAAGAUUUCCACACACCAGCAGUCGAGCAAAUCGAAAUUGACCACACUGUUGAACCAGCCAUUUGGUUCAAAACAUUGAUUAUUAACUCAGUUUUAAUUGAGUGCGAUGUUAGAAACGUAUAUUGGCGAGAAAAAUGUACGCACGACGAAUCCGAAAUCGAAUUAGACACGGAAUCUACUCGGGUUGUUCCUCGUAUGACAAGGGCAGUCUAUGAUGAAGGGGAUUGUGAAGACUUUGAACUGUUUGACUCAGUUGUAAAACUUCUGAAUAAAGUAGAAAGUAAAUCGCUGAGUGAAGGACAGCGAGCACAAGAAAUCUUGAGAAUUUUACACCUAUACGUCCUGCCAGAAAUUGUAUUGAAACUCCAAGAUGUCACUCUUCUACAAGAUGCGUUAGAAAAUGUUGAACAUAGUAUAGGCAUUAUUUCUGAAGAUAUACAAAGAAAAGACCGUGGAAUUUGUUUGACCGAAAAUUCGCUUAGAACACAACGUGAUAAGUUAUUUAGUUUAGAUAAUUUCGAGAGUGAAAAGUAUUUAAUUACUUGCAAUGAUAACUUCCUGCGUGAAGUUUUAGUCGAUGUUGAAAGAGAUAUCGAAUCCAUGAAUUAUGAACUGGAGUCUCGACAGGCUGAAGUUGAAAGAAUUCGAGAUGCUGUGACAGAUGAGGGGAAAGAAAACCUCCAAAAAAUUCGGAAUGUGAGAGAUGAGAUUUUCAUUUCUGUUCAGAAAUAUCAAAGUGUCCGAGAGACAAUAAAAAACGUGACAGUGCGAGAAAAUCGAUCAAAGAGACGCAGUAAGGUUAAACCGAAUGUCUUUCAUGAAAUAUACUUGGAACUUAAAGGUAGACUAAUGAAAGAAAAAAAGAUUGUUAAAAACUGCUGCGAUCAGAAGUUGAAGAUUGCGUCAGUUCGAGAGGCAAUAAUGCAGGUCCGUGACGAAUUGUUACAAAGAGGUGAAAGCUGUGGUUUUCAAACAUCACGGGAAGGUCCAGGAACUUCAACAGAUGUCCUUGAAACAAGCGACGAAAAGCCAUCAAAAUGGCAAACCGUUGAAGACAAAGUCAAAAGCACUCUUUUUGAUGGGUCUUCGGGUCCUGCAUUGGCAUUCAAAUCUUUCUGUGAUUCUGUUACAACUAAAAUCACAGCUUUUAUGAAGGAAAACGAAUUCUUUCUAAAUUCUCGCGAUCCCGACGAGACCUGCAUUAAAGGUAAUGAUGGCGAAGACAAUGAUGAAUUUGUAAACAUUUCAUACUUGGACAGUAUUGCCAUCCAACACAGUCAGACUAUAGACAGCAGAAUAUCGAGCGGAUACCGACCAUUCACAAAUGCUAUCAAAGAAGAUAUACUGAAACAUAUCGAAGAGCAGAGUAGAUGGUUAAUGACUACAAUGGACAUAAACUCAUACAUGGAGAAGGGGAAAAUACUCAAUGUGGAACUUCCGCAUAAAGUAUGGAUUUGUUAUGAAGUGCAACUUUACGGUCAAAUAAUGAAUCCGUUGGCACAGCUUUAUCAUGAGUCUUACAGUGAUGUGGCAAAUAAACUUUAUGAAUUCCUGUUGAAGAAGAGUUUACUAGAACUUGGUAUAGACGAGCCGUGGUUAAAUGAGGAGUGUAUUGAAAGCCAACCGGACCGAUUUGAAUCAAAUAGAGGGGCAUGCGCAAUUGCCAAAAAGGGUGCCUCUCUCAAAUCUGGAUUGAGCAUUACCCUUGGGCGUAUGACUCUUGACGAGUUGUAUCAGUCCGCGAAAAAUGACUGUCAGGACAUUCCUUCGUUCAUAGAUUGUCCCCUUGACGAUGAAAGAAAUAGCGAUGUUUUUUAUGAUCAAGAGGAGAGUGAAAGCAACCCAUCAAGUUUAUUCGAAAACGGACUAGAAAAAUGCUCGGACAUUAAUGAGAACGAUAGGGCAAGUUUGUACGCGAAAGUUUCCGGUGAACAACCAACUAUCAACGAGGUGCUACAGCCAGCAGGUAAGGAGCUUGACCACUGCAUCGAGACAGCCGCAGUUGUGGAAAAAUUAAAAUGCAUGACCAGGGCCUAUCGACUGGUCAACAGAAAAGUCACUAAAUUAAAGUCUAGAAAGCGACAUUCUUCUAUAGAAAGUAUGGUUUGCUGUGACGAAAUCCUAUCCGCUUCCAUAGUUUUACUCACAUUAUUGAGAAAGGAGAACUUUGUCCAACUUUAUUCACACUUAAAUCUGCUGAUAGACUUAAUGCCGUCUUUCUUGACCGGAAGUGUUCAUGACUGUUCCUUAACAAACUUUUACAGUUCUUUUCAGUACUUAUUCGAUAAGAUGGUGUCAGUAAAUCGUGUCAGUAGAUAAGUGACCUGUAUUUUAUACGGGAAAUCAUCGGACAUACAUUCCUUGUUUUUAAAGCGUUUUGUUUAAUUUUAAAACAACACAUGUACAAUAGAAAUCACAUUUUACGGUUGUAAUAAUCUUUUACGUUUUAUUCAAAGUAACAUAUCGGGUACACACAUUAGCUUGAACAUGUUGAACGAAUUGUACUUGUACAUUUUAAUUUGUGCCUUUCGUUUUAUUCCCAUGUUAAUUUUAGUGUUACUUGCUUAAUCCUUUCAAUCUUCUGUUGGAAGCAUUGUCUGAAUUACAAAUGUUUUAAAUCUGUCGAAAAUAUAUUUUAUUUUUAUAGUCUU